CUAUGUCGCGUGGGUCAGGCCGUGAACGUGGCGGUGGAUCGCUUCGUGACGGUCGGAGAGACGAUAGCGGACGACAACCCCGAAAUCAAGGUCGAGAUGUACGAGGCCUGCAAGGAAGCCAGGGCGGCAGCAGAUGGCGGCGGCGAGGCAGGUGCUCGACCGGUCCACCAUGAUGCUGCUCACGGCUUCCAAGGUGUGUCUGCGGCACCCGGAAUGCCUGACGUCGCGGGAAAAUCGAGACACCGUGUUCUGCCAGAUGCGGCGAGCGAUGGACCUGAUUCACUACGUGGUCAAGGACGGGGUGCUGGACUCGGUCAACGCGCAGGGCGAGGCCAGGGUCAACGGCCAGAGCCCCGCCGAGUCCCCUGGCACCCUCAAGGCUCGCCAGGAGGACUGGGACGCGAACCACACCAUGUACGGCGCCAUUCGCUACCUCGAGGACUCCGUGGAGAUGACCCGCAUGACCCUCUGCGGCCCCGCCGUCAGGGACCGCCUCUGUCAGGAGCAAAAGGAGCCUCUGUCCCCGGGAGACGACCUCGAGACGGCCAUCAACGCGGUCCUGGCGGCCACGAGGGACAUGAAGAUCCAGCUGCAAAACACGGCGCUCGUUCAGGCCGAGGAGCUGGUGAGAGGCGCGUGCGAGGAGAGCGAGCUGAUCAGCGCCCUCAAGAACGCCGGCCUCGCCACGGACCAGGAGAGGCUGGACGAGUACGCCGACCGAUUCCUCGAACACAUAGAGCACAUACAGGAGGUCUGCAAACUCCUCCGCCACAUAGCCACGACAGACUCGCUGCAGGUGGCCGCGAAAUACGGCGAGAUCAACCUGCGCAUCUACGGCCCGCAGGUGGUGACGGCGGCCCAGACACUGUGCCUGUACCCGACGUCCAAGAUCGCCAAGGAAAACGUCGAAGUGUUUGCUGACAUGUGGCUCAAUUUGGUGGGAGACGUGAAGAGUUUGACCAAGGACAUUGGCGACCAGAUAGCUGCCGAGAGCAAGCCGCCAGAGAAGCAGGUGUACAUGUCUCUGCCGCGCCCGGGGAAACACGGCACCACACCCAAGCCCCCGAAGCCAACCAAGCUAGAUCAGGAAGAACAAGCUAAACUUGCCAAGUCUGGCUUGGAUAUGAAGCUCAUGGCCUCCGAGGUGGACCAAGAGACGGAGAAGUGGGAAGAGCGCAUAACCCAGGACGAAGAUAACGACAUCGUGAAGCGGGCCAAGAACAUGUCCUCGAUGGCCUUCUCCAUGUACCAGUUCACGCGGGGGGAGGGGGCGCUGAAGACCACGCAAGACCUCUUCACGCAGGGGGAGUACUUUGCCGAGGAGGCUAACAGACUCUACAAGGUCGUCAGACAGUUCUCCUAUCAGGUUCCGGCUGGCCCCCACAAGAAAGAGCUGAUGGAGCACCUAGACCAGAUCCCAACCUACGUUCAGCAGCUGCAGUUCACGGUGAAAAACCCGACGGUGGGCAAGGCCGCCACCUUCACCAAAGUGGACAACGUCAUACAGGAGACCAAGAACCUCAUGAACGUCAUAUCCAAGGUGGUCACGACGUGCUUCGUCUGUGCAACUAAGUAUGAGCUGCGUCUCCCUGAGCGGCUGGAACUCCCUUCAUUGGACGAGGUUCGGGCAUCAAGCCAAGGCAACCCUAUUGGACAGGUACCAACACAGCCACAUCCACUAGUGUCACCUCCUCUGACAUUCAGACCUUCCUUCAUGUCAAACCUUCCUUCUUGCCAGUCUUCCUUGACACUGGGUGCCCCUCCAGCACCCACUCCCAUUCCCCAGACUGUACCUCUUCCAUCACACAUACCACAGAAGUCUCCCCUGGGGCACCUGAUGUCUAGCACCCUUACU